AUGCACGUGCAUAAGAGCGGCCGAUUCGUGAAUGCACCUGCCACUGUGGUGAUUGAGAUAAAGGAAGAAGACGAUGCGGGCAUUUUGCCUUCGCAUUCUUCAGUGCCAGCCGUGGAUCACGUUCCAGCAGCAGCUCUGAUACCCACGAUUCUCAGGUGCUAUUUUGAGCACACUAAGGUCAAGACAUUGCAUAUUGCUCAGGUCGAAGGCCGGCCAGGGGCAGCGUACACGCGUCCCUUUGCAGCAUGUCAGUUUGCAACAGUCAUGUUCUUUCUGAUUGCGCUUGGGCUCGAGAAGUUGUGGCUUCGGGGUGGGGCGAUCAUGUCCACUGUGAUUGAGAGUGAGGCCGCCUUUGAGCGGCGAUGCUUGGAUGUCAGGGGGGAUGGAUCACUCCUGGCGGGGCUUUCGGGCCAAGGGGUGAAAACCUUUCGUUCCCUCGCUUUUGCAUUGGGCACUCCUCAGUCACCUCCCACAGAGCAGGCCUUUGCUGAGCUCACCAGGAAAGUCUUUGGCACGGGGGAGGGUGAUCCUACGGUGGGGGAGCUUUCAUGCAUCCGGCAGUUGCACUUCGAAGCUUCGACUUUGGUCAUUCAGACAUACAGGGACAUGGUGAGUCAUGAUUCUUCAGACGGGGCCCCGUUGAGGAAGCUCCCAAUUCCCGAGAAGCGUGCACGCAAGGAGAGUCAACAGGCUCGACUGGGUGGUAUAGACAUGGAAGGGGAACUUGACCCGUCCUUCCAACUGAUUGAUGCCUGCAAUCAUCAGAUGGAGAAUGCUGUGAUUUAUUGGCUGCCUCCUUCCAAGUGCCCGAAGAGGGAGGUUGAGGUCAUUGCAGGUUUCAAAGAGAAGCCCAGUGUGCUGCAGGUCGAGAACAACACGGUUAAGCUGGGAGGGCCUAGCAUCACGGUUGAGUGUGACACUUCGGAUUCUCUGAG